CUACUUCCGCCUGAGGCCCCGCCCACCGCUGCUCAAAAAGCUCCGGUCCUCACCUGGUCCCGUGACUCCGCUGGCUGCUGUCAACAUGCUGGUUCUGCUCAAGUUUGUGGUGUUGCUGCUGGCUCUGGGUUCGGGUCAGGCCCGGCAGCCCCAUGUCGUCGUGGAGGACGCAGAGCCCGUGUUCGAGCCCUCCAAGUUCGGCUCUCUGUGGCCUCUGCCGCAGAAACUGAAAAGCACUCAGGAUGCGUUCAAGUUGACGAGCUUCAGGAUCGUUGACGCCAAGGACUCGUCGGCUGGUCCGAGCUGCAACAUUCUGCAGAACGCCUACAGGAGGUACUAUGAGUACAUGUUUGGCGCUGGUCAGAAGCAGGGGGUGUUCAAACUCAGGAGGAGUGGGCCCUCAGACCUGACAGGGCUGCAGGUCUGGAUCACAUCAGCUGACUCUGAAUGUGACGGUUAUCCCUCUGUGAAGUCCGACGAGUCAUAUGAACUGUCAGUGAUUCAGCCGUUCGCUGUCUUGAAGGCACCGAAGGUCUGGGGAGCCCUGCACGGUCUGGAAACGUUCAGCCAGUUGGUGUAUGAAGAUGAAUAUGGAGCUAAAAGCGUCAAUGCAACCAUAAUCACUGACUUCCCCAGAUUCAAACAUAGAGGCAUCCUGCUGGACACCUCUCGGCAUUUUCUUCCUAUUAAAGUCAUCUUGGCUAAUCUGGAAACGAUGGCGAUGAACAAAUUCAACGUCUUCCACUGGCACAUCGUCGACGAUCAGUCCUUCCCUUACCUGAGCCGGACGUUCCCACAGCUGAGUCAGCAGGGAUCUUACCACCCGUACACCCACGUCUAUACGCCCGCUGAUGUGAAGAUGGUGAUCGAGUUUGCUCGCCUGAGAGGUAUUCGUGUUGUCCCAGAGUUCGACACUCCAGGACACACACAGUCUUGGGGCAAAGGCCAGCCAGAUCUGCUCACACCUUGUUAUUCUGGGCCCAAACCCUCUGGUGCCUUCGGACCAGUGAACCCCAUCCUGAACACCACGUACGACUUCAUGACUCAGUUCUUCAAGGAGAUUAGCACAGUGUUCCCAGAUGGCUACGUUCACCUGGGAGGCGAUGAGGUGGACUUCACGUGCUGGAAGUCCAACCCGGACAUUCAGAGGUUCAUGGACGCACAGGGCUUCGGACAAGACUACAGCAAACUGGAAUCAUUCUACAUCCAAAAACUCUUGGAUAUUGUCACCACUACCAAGAAGGGCUACAUGAUCUGGCAGGAGGUGUUUGACAAUGGUGUUAAGCUAAAACCAGACACAGUAGUACAUGUGUGGAUCGGCGGUGGAAGUAAUGAGGAGAUGGGCAAGGUGACGGCAGCAGGAUACACCACCAUCCUCUCCGCCCCGUGGUACCUAGAUUAUAUUAGCUACGCACAGGACUGGCAGAAGUACUACAAGGUUGAGCCGCUCAACUUCAACGGAACUGAAAAACAGAAGGCGCUUGUAAUUGGUGGAGAAGCCUGCUUGUGGGGAGAGUAUGUGGAUGCUACCAACCUUACACCCAGACUCUGGCCUCGUGCCAGUGCUGUGGGAGAGCGGCUGUGGAGCUCCAAAGAUGUAACGGACAUUAACGAUGCCUUCAACAGACUGUCUGCUCACCGCUGUCGUAUGGUGGAGCGUGGGAUCCCAGCUGAGCCGCUGUUUUCCAGCUACUGUCAGCGGGAGUACAAAGGAAUCUGAGAACCACUGAAAGGCUGGUCCUCAGAACAGAAAAUGGAAAAGGGAAGCAAAUCCAUACACUGUCAGCUCCACGCUUGUAUUUUAAAUUGAAGAAUCAAAUCCUACACUGCCUUUUGUAGAGAUAUCGCUGUACUGAUGAACUCUGAAACACAUUGUCCAUUUUAAAACUGCUCCACUGAACUUCUGAUCACGUAUUGUUGGACAUCUUGCAAUUAUGACUGCACUCUUUGUUUUUUUAUGAAUGUUUCUAUAGUUGAUUGUCAAUAAAACGUUGUCAUUUCAA